UUCUCCGUGAAUUUAGGAGAAAGAAUUCGGGACGCUCAACGGACGUUUGCCGCCCAUGUCCGCGCCGAUGCAUGGGGACGCGGAAGGGGCCAUGGACGCCGAGGUAGACAUGUUCAUGGAGCCGGUAUCCGACAGAGGAAGCCUCUCGCAUGUGGGCUCGGCCAGCUCGAUCGGCUCGGCGGGACGAGGCAAGAAGGCCAUACCCCGCCUGGACCUCCCGCGCGACGACGACGCGCUCCUCGAUGACGGGGACGUCAACGCGGGCACGUAUACGCGCGUCCAUCUCCGCGUCCGCGCCGAGACGCGCCUUGGCGAAGAGCUGCAUUGCUCUGGCGCAUCGUACACGAUGGGCCAGUACAACCCGAGCGAGAGCAUUGAACUAGUGACGACGCCCGAGGACUACCCGAUUUGGCGGACGUCCAAGCCGCUCAUUUUGCCGCGCGGGAUCGCUCAUAGGUAUAUGUACGCGCUCUUCCUCGGCGGCGCCUUCUCCAAGUGGGAGCAGAUCGACCACGACCGCGUGAUCGUGCCCGAGGGCCGCGAGAUGACGAUCGCCGAGGACUUUGGCACGUACGACCCCAACAGCGUGCUCCAGCGGACGUCGGAAAUCCACAACCGGAGCAUUGUGUACAUGCGCAAGGUUCUCACGCACAGCGCCAAGCAAGCGCAGAUCACGGGCAAGGUCGACGUCAAGGGCCUUGUUGCGUCGGCCAUGCAGCGCUCGUCGUCCGUGCUGCGAUUUCGCCAAGGUGGCACAAAGGAAAAGAUGCAACCGCGCUUCAAGCGCCACGCGUCGUCGAACUACAAGCCGAACGAAGACGCGACGCUCUUCCUCAUCUGCUACCACCUGCCGAUCCAUCUCCACAAGAUUGACGGGACGUGGCACGCCGAGUGGGACAAGGACAGCUUGAUUGCUCGCUCGGAAGGCACGAUUGCGCAGAGCAUGAACGUCAAGUGGGUCGGCUGCGUCGCGAUGGAGUACCAAGGGUCUCCGAUGACGGACGAUGACAUUGCCGAGAUCACGGAGCUCCUCACGGCCAUGGACGCGCACGCGGUCUUUAUCAGCCCCGAGGUCGCGGCCGACCACUACCAAGGGUACUGCAAGUCGAAGCUGUGGCCGAUGUUCCACAACGUCGACAUUCUCGACAUUUACUCGUCGGUGUGGGACGACGGCGAGUACACGAGCGGGAAGGAAGAGAAGAACAACGGGCGCUGGUGGGCAGCCUACAACAAGGUCAACCAGUGCAUUGCGCAGGCCGUCGCGGACCUCUGCAAGCCCAAGGACAUUCUCUGGGUGCACGACUACCACCUUUUACUGAUGCCCAAGCUCGUCGUCGACUAUUGCAAGGUCCAAGAGAAGCCGCGGCCACAGAUUGUCUUCUUCCUGCACGUGCCCUUUCCUACGUCCGAGAUCUUUCGCGAGCUCUCGAACGGCACGGCGCUGCUCGAAGGCGUCCUCGAAGUCGACGUUGUCGGCUUCCACACGUUUGACCACGCGCGCCACUUCCUCAAUGCGUGCAAGCGCUUCCUCGGACUCACGUACCAGUCGCGCUGUGGCGUGAACCUCGGCGUCGACUACAAGGGCCGGAACGUUGUCAUCACGAUCAGCCACGUGGGCAUUGAGAAGGAGAUCAUCCGCCAAGCGCUCAUGAACCCGGAGGUGCAAGCGGCGGCCGCCGCGCUGCGUGAGAAGCACAAGGGCAAGCAGCUCAUUGCGGGCAUUGACCCGUGCCAGCGUCUCAGCGGCAUCCCGCUCAAGCUGCUCGCGUUUGAGCAGUUUUUCAGCAUGUGCACCAACCUCAAGGAGAAGCUCGUGCUCGUUCAGCGCUGUCACUUUUCGACGGCGCGCCUUGGCGACGAAGAGUAUUCGAGCCACGAGAUUCGCGAGCUCGUCCAGCGCAUCAAGACGUCACACGGCGACGUCAUUGACUAUGAAGAAACCGAGCGGCCGCUCGGGCUCCACGACCGCGUCGCGCUCUGGCUGGCCUGCGACAUUCUCAUGGUGACGUCGAUUCGCGGCGGUCUCAACUUGUACCCGCUCGAGUACGUCUUUGCGAAGGGCGCCUUGCCAGGCAGCAAAGCCGGCGUCGUGAUUCUGAGCGAGUUUUCCGGCUGCUGCUGCGUCCUCAACGGCGGUUUGCGCGUGAACCCGUGGAACAUUUCCGAGGUUGUCAACUCGCUGGACCGCGCGAUCAACAUGAGCGACGAGGAGCGCAUGGGGCGGCGCGCGCGCGACUUGCCGUACAUUACGAGCCAGCCGUCAUCCAACUGGACGCGUCAAGUGCUCGCGAUUUUGCAAGAGUGCAGCGAGGAAGACGACGACACGAGCAGCCUCGACUUUCAGAAACUGGACGUAACCAAGGUCCAGCACGCGUACAAGACGUCGCGGCGCCGCGUGUUUUUGCUGGAUUACGGCGGCACGAUCAUUUCGCGCGAAAACAUCUCGAUGUACAUGAAGAAGGACUUUACGGCGGUCACGGGCAAGAUUCCGACGUCGCGCAUGAUGGCGUCGCUCCAAAAGCUGUGUGCGGACCCGAACAACACGGUUUUCAUCAUCUCGGGCGUGAGCCAAGUCAACUUGACCAACAUCCUCGGGCACAUUGACGGGCUCGGGCUCGCGGCCGACAAUGGCGCACUCUUUUCGUGGGCGCGCUCGAUUCGCUUUGGGACGGCGAAAGAAGAUACGCACUACCAGCCCAAGGACGCGACAGUCGACAGCAGCGACGAGGCGGACAGCUCGUCGUCGCGGUCGUGGUUCCACCACCGUGUCGAGUUUGAUUGGCAGCCGAUCCGCGAGAUUGUCGACCCGAUUUUGCGCACGUACCUCUCGCGCACGAAUGGCAGCGUGAUCCGGUACAUGGACCAAGGCAUUGCGUGGAACUUUCGGUCGACGGACCCCGAGUGGGGGCUCAUCCAAGCCAACUCGCUUCAAACGGACCUCGAAGAAGUCAUCAAGGACCUGCCAAUCACGAUCGUGCGUAAGAAGGGCCUCCUCGAGAUUGUCCCCGAGGGUCUCAACAAGGGCGUGGUCGCGCGCCAUAUUCUCUCGAGCGACGCGGAGCUGCACCGCGGCCACCCGGACUUUAUCUUUUGCAUUGGCGACGACACGACGGACGAGAGCAUGUUCAAGUGCAUAUACGAGUACUACGCCGAGCGGUCGGAAGAGAGCGUGCACGGCCAAGCGUCAAUGCUACACGCCGCAAACGACGCCGAUGACGGGCGCCUCCACAUCACCGGUUCGCUCCAGCACGUGUUUACGUGCACGGUCGGGAAGAAGCCGAGCAACGCGCAUCUGUACAUGAACAACGUGGACGACGUCGAGAACCUCUUGUACUCGCUCGGGCACCCGGCAUAAGGUAGUCGUAUGUGGAUAUAUAAUCGUAUAUAGUUUUCUUACGGCUGGA